GCAGAGGAGCGAGUGAGUCAGUGGCUUGCGGGGCCGGGAGAGAUGGAGUACCAUCUCAUUACCGAGUCCACGCACGCAGCUUUCAAUGCGCGCUUGCAGCAAGGCGACGGCCACGGGUUGUUGGUUGGCCCCGAACGGUCUGCCUUUCUCUGCCCGGAAUAUGCCAAGUCGGGCAAGUUCACCAAGGACUCGCACAUCGUAUUGACCAGACUUCUGGAAGCAGCACACGGAGGGCGCUACGACUGGGACACGCAAGCCGAUGUCCUAGCCCGGCCCGGGAAGGCUCGGAAGACCGCGGGCCACGAAGAGAGAGUCGACUGCGGUGUGCAUUUCGAGACGACCAACAUUGGUAUGGUGCUACUGCAGCAGCCGUCUGUCCUAAGCACGUGGUGGGCGCCAAGCGAGGCGCGGCACAAGAUCGGACUCGCGAACCGCUGCGUGUUUUCCGCCGGGCGACGUGGCAGUCAGCUAUCAUAUCCGGCGGGGCUACGGGACAAGUUUGUUGAGUUCAGGGCGGAGAUCUUCCAGCGUGUAAUCGUGCAUGUCGGACACAAGGUGCCCCUACACGGUGAUGAGCUUGUCUGGAAGCUAGAUGCAGUUGGGCAGGCCGCACUGCUCGAGGCCCGAGGCGCGAUGCACGAAGCUUCGCAAGAUGCAUACUAUGCCGAUGGUGGCACACUCAACUCCAUGUUUGAGAAGCUGUCCUAUUUCUGGACCCACGAAGGUCUUCUGACGACCAUAUGCCAAGAAGCCAUUGCGUCCAUCGUGGAGCGGCGCCCUUUCACAAGCGGGCCACGUGAAAUCCCAGCGUCUGCGAGCAAACUGGCUUUGGAAUGGACUCACCGACGACUCGCGCGAGGCUUCAACAUGUUGGAUGUUGACAUCAGCCGAGCCAGCUGGCGAGCCAGGGAGGGAGCAGGAGUGCGUCGAUCCGUGGGGCCUUUCAAGGCUGCGGCUUCUCACGCGCAGGACGUGGCAGUCAAGCUUCGAGCAACUCCGGGGCCCGUCAUCUAUGCCGAUGUGGCAGGGCGCAAUGUGCCUGUGUUUCGCAAUGUGUACUCGUGCGAUGCCGUGAAGCGGGAAGAUGCCUACCAGAAGCUCGUGGCAACGGGGCAAUAUCUCGAACGCCACGAUUUGGGCGUCUUUGAACAUACGCCCCGGCGCGUGGCCUGUCUUCGUCAAGCAUCGGUGGGGAAGCAUGUCGAGUCAGGCUCGGAGUACAGCGCGUCAGUGGCCAAUCCCGCUACAAUUCUUCCGUGGCUUCCUGGAGGAGUCCGCCAUGGCCGUGGGAAUGAGGGCCACCGCGAGCCUGCGUUGGCGGACAAGCCAGACGCAAAGGCAGAUGCUGGCCGAGGGAUUUACCAGGAGGCCAACAGAGGUGCUCUUGAGGACGAGGAGAUUCCCCGGACCAUCCCGGAGGCCACGCGGGUAGCGCGGCGUCUUUGCCUGAAGACGAAGCCUGCGUGCAGUGUUUCCUUCACCACGAAGCGGCUCGUGAACGAGGCUGGGCAGUCGGUGUACAAGUGGUGGGGCGCCUGUGCCGAAUGCAAGCCGAAGUGUACUUUCUCUGCGCGUGUGACCAUCUGCAUCGAUGGCCCGGGCGAGGGGAAGUUCACCGUCAGCCAUCGAGGUGAGCACGCGAAGAAAAAGCUGGCACAGGGCGGUCGGUUGCUGUCGGCGGAGUUGCAGAACGUUGUGAGCGAGAUGACCGAGGCAAAGGUUCCCAUCACGACGAAGAAUCUACGUGAGUCUGUGGAACGUGCAAACCUGGACCUGGCUUGCGAGCCAGAGCAGGUGCACAGCCUUGUCAGGCGUUUGCGGCAGAAGAACAAGCAGACCUCGCAUGUCGCAAAGGUACCCAUCCAGAUUUUCCUGGAUGAAGUGAAAGCGUGGGAGGCGGAUUUGCCGCAAGAUCUCGACAAAGAGGAGGACUUGUCGCGUCUCAUUAUUCUUAAAUCGCCGCACGGCAGCGUGGUGGAAGACAGCAGGGUUUACGUGCCACUUUCGUGCCCGGGAAUGCUGCAACGGCUCCGCGAUGCGGCCAAGCACCGGAUCAGACUCAUCGUGGACAUGAAAAUGGAUGCCGUGGCAAACAACUACGGCAUGAUCACUCUUUGCUUCGCAACCAGCAGUGCGCGUCUGCGGAACACGACCGCGGCCAUGUUGAAAGGACGGCGGCAGACCUACCUGGCCCACACGUGCACAGCGCAGCCGAUCAUGCAAGCCAUCGUGCACACCGAGAGGGAAGAUAAUGUCACAGCUUGCUUCGAGGACUUGUGCUGGUUAUGCCAGGAAGUCGCUGGCUUUGACCUGAAGGCACAGAUUUUGCACGUGCAUGCUGACUAUGCGCCCGGUAUAGCGGCAGCACAGCGCAACGUUUUCCCGGGCGUGCGCCUGAUCGGUGAUUAUUUCUAUUACAAGAAGGCUUUGUUCAAGACCUUGCCGAGCAAGUUUCAGAAGGCGCAACAAGGCAGUGCCAAGCCAAAGGGCAGAAAGAAACGCGACCCCAACGUGGCAGCCGUGUCGCACUUGUCCGAUUUGACGAGGUGUUUGCCAAGUGUGCAGCUCGCCGACGCUGUUUGGCAGGUCAUCUUCGAGAACUUGCCAACGCAGGCCGCCACAUACUUGCAGAAGGAGUACUUCGAUCAAGCCAGUGUGGCUGACCUGCAGCACAUCUUCAAGACCGUCCAGGCCCCGGCGUGCGGGGCGACCAAGCUCUGGCUUCCGAGCUUCUGGACGGGCGCGGCAUGGCUCCUGGGAAGCCGAGCUCAAGAGUCGCACAAGGACGGCUUGGUGUCGGCUCUGGCGGGCCUGCAGCACCUCUACAAAAAGUGGCAGAAAAUUUUUGACUGCGGCAAGAAGAUCAAAAUGACGCAUGCACCCAGCGAAGAAAGCGACUACUUGCUGAACAGCGGGUCACUUCGCACGCAAGGGCGCUCUCCCGCA